CUGCUCAUCAUCUCCUCUGUUUAUACCAUGGAGAAGGAAGGUGAGCAGCAGCAUCAGACCAGACACACACAGACUGCUGUGAUUGAAGGAGUCUGAGCUCGGUCACGUCGGAGCCGGUUGACUUAACAAGGAAGCACCCGGCUGUUUGAAGCGAGUACGUAUCCAGGAAAGAUACAAACAGAUACAAUGACAAAAAGAAGACAGAGGAUGGAGAAGGGGGAUGACAGUGUCCUCCGCCGCAGAGCUCUUCCUAAGAUGCCCACCUUCCCUGAUUUAGACAGCUCUUUGGACGGGGAGUGUAGUCAGGGACACCAGCAGCAAGGCAAUGGAGGACACCACGUCACCAGCAAUGGAAAAAUUGAAGUGGAACAUGUGAUCAGCAAAAAGCUAGAGCUGAAAAGGAAAGCAGAGCACCUGAAGAGCGACCUGAUGCACCAGUUUGACAGCCAGGUCAAUGACUUCAUGGACAGUCUCAUCGAGGAGUCGGCCAGCCUGGAGCCUGCACCCGUAUCCGCUGUCUUCUCACCGCCGCUGUCGGACAAGGAGAGGAGCAAACUCAGGAAUUUCCGGCCUCCUCAUGGCCAGGGCAAGCAGUUUCUCAGUCGCAGGUCCCUCUUAGAUGAGCUGUUUGAGGUGAACCACAUCAGGACUAUCUACCACAUGUUUAUUGCCCUGCUCAUUCUCUUUAUCCUCAGUACACUGGUGGUAGAUUUCAUUGAUGAAGGCAGAGCGGUGCUGCACUUUGACCUGCUGGUCUACGCGUUUGGACAGUUCCCUCUGGUGGUGUGCACGUGGAUCUGCAUGUUCCUGUCCGUGUUGGUUGUUCCCUACACCCUGUUCCACCUGUGGUCACAGACCCAGUCUGGGUCUUACAGUCACCCCAGGUUGUGCAGCUUGCUGUUUGGCUCUCUAUUCCUGCUCUACCAGGCUCUGUGUUUGGGAUUCCUGCCUACAUACGUGGUGGUGACCAACAGAUUUCCACCUGCGUCCUGCUUCAUCAUCAUCCCGGAACAGGUUCGUCUAAUGAUGAAAGUCCACUCCUUUGUCAGGGAGAAUGUACCAAGAGUCCUGACCUGGGCUAAAGAAAAAAACAGCCCAGGUCCAAUGGUCCCUCAGGUCUCUCAGUAUAUCUACUUUCUGUUUGCACCCACACUCAUCUACAGAGACAAGUACCCCAGGAACCCAGUGAUCAGAUGGGGCUAUGUGGCCACAAAGUUCCUUCAGGUACUAGGCUGUAUGUUUUAUGCCUAUUACGUGUUUGUGCGGCUGUGCAUCCCUCAGUUCCGCAGCAUCCGCCUCCAGCUCUUUGACCUGAGGGCCAUGGUCCUCUGCGUCUUUAACUCCAUCCUGCCAGGAGUGUUAAUUCUCUUCCUGGGGUUCUUUUCCUUCCUCCACUGUUGGCUUAAUGCUUUUGCUGAGAUGCUCCGCUUUGCUGACAGGAUGUUUUACAAGGAUUGGUGGAACUCAACCUCUUUUGCUAAUUACUAUCGCACUUGGAAUGUCGUGGUCCAUGACUGGCUGUACUACUAUGUGUACCGGGACUUCCUGUGGAUGUCUGGGAAGCGUUUCAGAGCAGUAGCCAUGCUGUUUGUGUUUACAUUGUCUGCAGUGGCCCACGAGUACAUUCUUGCAAUCUGUUUUGGUUUCUUCUAUCCUGUGCUCUUCUGCCUCUUUAUGUGCUUUGGAAUGAUGUUCAACUUCAUUCUGCACGACCAAAGGAAAGGUCCCAUCUGGAACAUAAUCAUGUGGACGUCCCUCUUCCUGGGUCAGGGAGUCAUUAUCUGUCUGUACUCCCAGGAGUGGUAUGCCCAGCGCUACUGCCCCCUGAAGGAGCCUUCAUUCCUUGAGUCACUGAAGCCUCGCUCCUGGAGCUGUGAGAGAGGCCCGAUGGCGGACUCAGAUAGGCUGUGAUCUAAGUUUGGACUACUGCCGGGGAUCAUCACUGAUCAGCAUAAAUUUGACCAGCCUUUCUGUUACUGUCAUAACUUCUGGUCUUUCAAGUUUGUUUUAUUUUCUUGCACUAAGGUCAUUACCAAGUCUGUGUAUGAAUGUGUAUGUAAGAGAUCUGCCAAAAUGUUCUUUACUCCAACAGCAAAGUCACAGUGAUGCCUUACUUACUUAUGUUUUCAAACACAAACCCAACAAAAUUACUCUUUUAGAACUUUUUUUAUUUUUAUGUACUAUUUAUUUUUCAGAUGUACUCCCUUUACUUUUGCCUUGAUCGACUGUGAAACCACUCCUUGUGCCAGUAUGAUAGAGGCAAACAUGAUAAUUUCAGCACUAUACAAACAUCAUUCACGUAUGCAGUGGUGGUUAAUAUUUAACAAAGUUUGCAACCACCACUCUAUUAUAGAUAACAUUCAGUGUGUUUGGAAAGCCUUUCGAUGUUAUUUAUUUUCACUGCCAAUAAGAUUUAUUUUGAAAAACGGCCACUGUUUGAUGUUUUGUAUAAGUCUAUGAGGAACUGUGGCCUCUGUAUUAUAGUUUAAAGAUUGCAGUCAAAGAGAAAAAUGAAGGUGGCAUUUGACAUGCUGAUAUAGUUGAGAAAUUAUUUUAUAGUAAAUCUGAAACUAUAAAAUAAAAACAAAUCAUCUCACUGAACUUCAGAAAACAAAAUGUUAAAUAAAAUACAGAUGACAUUUAUGCUGUAUGGAGUUAAUAUAGUCUGACUGCUGAAUGUAUUCUUGAUGGUUUGAAUAUUGACUAGCAUCACAGAACGUUUCCUGUGAACCUAAAGGAUGUUUUAGUUUGUUCAUGACCAAUGUUGAGAGUUAUGUGAAGGUGAAAUAACUUACUACUGUAACUAUUGCAGCUGGCUGCUUGAAUGUUAUAACAUUGAUGAUACUUAACUAGCACUAAGGGCUACAGAUUGCUUUGUCAGAUUCCGAGUACAAGACAGUUUUGUUGUUUAAAUCAAAGUAUACAUUUUACAGAACAUUUAUUUCCAUGUCAAACUAAUGGAAGAAAGGAAUUUAUAUGCUCAUGUGUGCUUUUAUUUCCUGUGGUGUCUUGAAAUAAUGUGUUUACACAUUUGUAUUAUUUUGAGGAAAUCACAAAGUUAAAGUUGCCAGUCCUGACAUAUAUAUAUUUCAAUGCAGGGAGACUGUAUUUACACUUGUGAAAUAAUGCGAUGCACAAUACAAAGUAAAAACCAGCAAUGAAAAACGCAGUACUUCCAAAACCUGUAUGACCACAAGGUGGCACUGUAUUAAAAGCUUUUACUGGCUGUGAUUUGUGGUCAAGAGGAGCAGGAGAUGCUUCCUUCAGAGUCCCUUACACAUUUUGUAAUAAUAAACACAAGUACCAGCAACUUAUUUUUUUUUUAAUCAUGUACAGAUAAUAGCAGAAAUAUUGGAUUUCCCUGUGGUACUUACUACUAAGUAACUCAUGAGAUAAUAUUUAUAGUUGCGAAAAGAGCCAACCUGCAGAAAUGCUGUUUAUUGAAAUGAGAUAUUUAUUUUUGGGAGCAGCCUGGUUAUACUGUCAUAUUUGUGUUCAUUGUGAUCUUUUUUUUUUGAAUGGCUCAUUGUCGGGUGACAAUUUUAUGAAUCAGUAUGUUGUAUGUCUGAUAUAUUCUUUAAAGACGCAUCAACGAAGAACUGUUAAGAAUAAAACAAAAAUGAAGUAUGUUUCCUUUACCUCUUUUAUUCAACUGUAUCUUUUAUGAAUGGGUUGUAAAUAAGAAAUGUUGUAUAUAAUGGUCAAUGUGCCAAUUAAAUAUUAUUGAAACAG